AUGGUUCUCACUCUCAGACUCGCAAGUGGUCUGCUUGCCGCUGCCACCGCCGUCUCGGCCACCUCCUGGCUCCCGGAUAUUGUCACUAGGGACGUUGCCAUCAUCGGCGGUGGCGCCAGCGGUGCUUAUGCUGCCAUCCGGUUGAAGGAGGACUUCAAGAAGAGCAUCGUGCUUGUUGAGAAGGCCGGCCGCUUGGGCGGCCAUGUCUCAACCUACGACGACCCCAAGACGGGGACGCCGUUUGACUUUGGCGUGCAAAGCUUCAAUGACUACGGCCCGGCCAGGGCCUUUUUCGAGCGCAUGGGCGUGGCUGUCGGCGCCGCCCCCCGCGUUGCCUUGACCUCCAAGUACGCCGACUUCAGCUCGGGCGCUGCCGUCGACUUCACCCCUCCCAGCAACGAGGACCGCGUUGCCGCCCUGGGCCGCUUCCUCAAUGCCACCGCCGCCUACGAGGAGUACUUCUUGCCGGGCUACUGGAAUUUCCCGGCCCCGGGCAAGAUCCCCGAGGACCUGCUCCUGCCCUUCGGAAAGUUCGUCGAGAAGUACCAGCUCCACGCCGCCGUCAACCAGGUCUUCCAGAUCACCGGCAUGGGAACCGGCGACAUGAUGAACGCCCUGACCCUCUACGUGCUCGGCGCCUUCGGCCAGCCCAUGAUCCGCGCUUUCCUCGGCCAGGGCGCCACCUUUACCCCCACCAGCCGCCGCAACAUCGCUCUCUACGAAGCCAUCCAAUCCCGCCUCGGCAACGACGUCCUCCUCAAUACCGAGUCCGCCUCCGGCAAAGUCACCAUCAUCCUCGCGCGCCGCCUACUCAUGGCCAUCGAACCGACGCCUUCCAACAUGGCGCCCUUCGGCCUGGACCUGGUCGAGCAAUCGACCUUCUCCAAAUUCCGCUACUCGUCCAUCCACGCGGGCGUCGUGUCGCACCCCUCCCUGCCCCGCAACGUCUCCCUCGUCAACACCCCCCGCGCCGCCAGCCCGGCCAACUACGUCGCCCUGCCCAAGCCCAACUUCAACGUGCGCUUCGACUACCUCGGCGGCAACUCGGACCUGUUCCGCGUCCUCAUGGUCGGCGACGAGCAGUUCGACAAGGCCAAGGCCCAGGCCCAGGUCCGUCAGGACUUUGCCCGCCUGAUGAAGCAGGGCACUGUGCAGCCCAAGACGGCGGAUCCGGGGGGCGAGUUGGAGUUCCGCGCGUGGGCCGACCAUGGCGCCAUGCAUAUGAAUGUGCCCGCCAAGGAGCUCAAGAGCGGGUUUAUUCAGAAGCUGUACGCCCUGCAGGGUAGGAGGGAUACCUGGUGGACGGGGGGCGCGUUCAGUGUCCAGUUUCAGGCCAUUUUGUGGGCGUUUGAUGAUAUUCUGCUGCCGAAGAUGUUUGAGAAGGGGGGGUGGUAA